AUGAGUCGAAGCCAGUCUUGUUGCUUUCUUGGUAUUAUUAUUACCAUCUAUUUCUUCGUUUUCCUUCACCCCUUACCAAACACCUUUGCUUCUCCCACCCGGUCUGUGUGCCUCGGCGACCAAAGAGAUGCUCUUUUGGAGCUACAAAAGGAGUUUCAUGUACCAACAACUUCAUGGAACAAGAGCACCGACUGCUGCUCUUGGGAGGGUGUCACUUGUGAUGAUAUUUUAGGAAAGGUGAUAUCACUAGAACUUCGUUACCGUAAAGCUAACACCUCUCUGAAAUCUAGCAGUGGCCUUUUUAAACUCCAACAUCUUCGUGAGCUAGAUCUUUCGUUUUGCAAUCUCAAAGGGAAGAUUCCUUCUUCCAUUGGAAAUCUUUCUCAUCUCACGCAUCUUCAUCUUACUUAUAAUUUACUAGUAGGUGAAGUUCCCUCGUCGAUUGGUAAACUAAACCAACUAGAAUACAUGGACCUUUCCUACAAUGAUCUCAAAGGUAAUAUUCCUAUUUCAUUUGCCAACUUCACCAAGCUUUCUAGAUUGAACCUCUAUGAAAAUCAAUUCACUGGUGGAUUGGAUAUAGUAUUACCAAAUUUAACCAGCUCCACCUCUAUACAAUUCUACUGCAAUUACUUCCAAUCCUUUUCCACUGACCUAAGUGGACUCCACAACUUAUUUUCUCUUGAUGGGAGUAACAAUUCAUUUGUGGGACCUUUCCCCUCAUCUUUGUUCAUGAUUUCUUCCUUACAAUUUCUAGAUUUAAGCCAUAACCAAUUUGAGGGACCUAUUGAUUUUGGGAAUACCUCUUCAUCAUCUAUGCUUAAACAACUAGAUCUUAGCCACAAUAAUUUCGGAGGGUCAGUCCCGAAAUCUAUAUCCAAAUUAGGCAAUCUCUUUUCUUUAGAUCUUAGCCAUAACAAUUUCGGAGGGCCAGUCCCUAGAUCUAUAUCUAAAUUACUCAAACUCGAUUAUAUUAACCUUUCCUCCAAUAAGUUGGAAGGUCAAGUACCGCAUGUUUCGUGGAGAUCACCUAAUUCGUCGGAAAUUUUUACGGAAAAGUGUGCGAACUUUGCUCAUAAUUCUUUCAGCAGUUUCGGCGAAUCUGCGAAACUUGGCAUGUUAGAAUUGUUGGAUAUAAGUUCAAAUUCACUCCAAGGACCAAUUCCCCAAUGGAUCUGCGGCAUCAUAUUCGUCUUAGAUUUGUCCAACAACCAUUUGUCUGGCUCAAUUCCUCAAUGUUUGAGUAAAUCCAAUAAUGUAAUUCUGCGAAACAACAGUCUAAGUGGAUCUCUGCCAGAUUUAUGCAUCCAUGAUCAGCAGUUACAGUCACUUGAUGUCAGCCACAACAAUUUGGUGGGUAAACUUCCAAAAUCUUUGAUCAAAUGUUCAGAUAUGCGACUUCUGAAUGUGAGAGGAAACAAGAUCAAGGAUACGUUUCCUUUUUGGUUAGGAUCUCUGACAUACUUAACGGUUCUUGUGCUUCGCUCAAAUGCAUUCUGUGGUCCAAUCUACAACGCCUCUGCCUAUUUAGGGUUUCCACGUUUGGCGAUCAUUGACAUAUCCAAUAACAACUUCGUUGGAUCAUUACCACAAGACUACUUCGCCAAAUGGCCCGAAAUGUCAUUGGCUUGGAAUACACCAGAGUCGGAGAAGUACCUGGGGGAUCAUUUCUAUAGGUUUCACGAUGAUUCGAUCACUUUGGUCUACAAAGGAGUAGACAUGGAUUUUGUUAAGAUCUUUAGUGGCUUCAAAGCCAUUGAUUUUUCCGGAAACCAACUUUCAGGUAAUAUCCCUGGAUCCAUUGGUCUAUUGAGCGACCUGCGUUUUCUAAACUUGUCAGGCAAUGCAUUCACAUGCAACAUCCCACCAUCAUUGGCGAAUAUCACAAAGCUCGAGACACUGGACCUAUCACAGAAUAACUUGUCAGGUGAAAUUCCUCAAGGUCUUGGAAAACUCACAUUCCUAUCAUACAUCAACUUUUCCCACAAUCAUCUUCAAGGAUUGGUGCCACGGAGCACACAGUUUGGAAGUCAAAACUGUUCUUCAUUCAUGGAUAAUUCCGGACUCUAUGGCCUCGAGUACAUCUGUGGAGAAAGCAAUCAUGUUUCCGUUCCUACGUCGUCACAGCAACCCGAUGAAUCGUUGUCCGAACCGGAAGAGCCAGUGCUGAAUUGGAUAGCAGCUGCUAUAGCAUUUGGACCUGGUGUGUUUUGUGGAUUAGUGAUCGGACAUAUCUUCACUUCAUACAAACACGAAUGGUUCAUUUCAUAGCUCAUUAGGCCAAUCUCUUUCGCAGUUCCGUCAAGUUGAUUUUUUUUUAUACUUCGCCGACGCCAAGUGUGUUUAUUAUGUAAUUUUCCAUUUCGUGGUUUUCUUAUACGCAUUGUCAAUGUUCAAAGCUGUAAUGUUCUCCCCAGUUUAUGUAAUAUGAUCCAUGUCGGGUGCUUAUUGUGACGUGUCAAAGUUUGGGGUUUU